CAGACAUCCUCCGACGCAUAUAAAAGCGGCAGUAGGCCGUGGAGAUCCUCUUACUCCGUGGCGACCGUCAUUUGUCGGGAGAGGCCAGAAAAGCGAAAGUUGCCCCACGUCCAAGAAGUUGAGAGCACCGUCGACGAAGACAAAUAUUCUUCGACGAGCGAGACAAGUCGAGGAACUUUCAGGUGGGCCUUCAGUCACAGUUGGCCAGGUGCGGAUCCGAGACUCGACAGUGAAGUGGACGCGGGCAGUGGUGUUUUUUUUGUGUGAUCGUAUUUUGGUGUCGCAGGACCGGACUCGAACUUUUUCUGUAUUUUACGAAGGGGUAGAGGCGCAGCAGUCGAGAUGAGGGCAGCAGGAAUUUUGAUGCUGGUCCUCACAGCCCUAGCGACCACACAAUGUUUCCCCACCCAAAGCGAUGACGUCACCUCCGUUUCCCAAGCCGACGAUCACGUGUUCGUCCAAUCGUCCGCUGCCCACGCGCAGCCCAUCACAAGAAAAGACAAGACGCCUGAGGAUGGCAGCAGGCCGUUCGAAACGGCGCACAAGCUGCCGCCUUCCCUAACCUUCGCCCUAGAACGAGAAGAAAAGGCGGAGGAGGAGAAGAAGACAGAAGUUGUUGAGGAGGGAAAGCUGAAGAAGAAGAAGGUGAACAAGAGAGAGGCGCAAGGCGGGGCAGCUCCUGCACCUCCAGGGGCUACCAGGAUAGACGUUAAAGCUUUGCUGGAAAAAUACCAAAUAUCCCCAUCAACCACAAGACCUCAACUGACGUCUACCACGACAGCCAAGUCCCCGAGCAAAUCCAGAAGACGUAAAGCCACCACCCCUACCACGACUAGCACCACCACUGAAGCCCCUGCCACGAAGAAGUCCCACCGAAGGAGAGGCGGCAAGAGGGUCAAGAAAGAGGCCCCGUCAGUGACCAGCCCCAGUCCCGUUUUGACAACUGGAAGGGCCGUAGCCAGAGCAAUUGACAGCGAUGACAUUCCACUUCUGGGGGCGGCGAGCGAUAAGCAGAGGUCCAGGAUCCAGAUCAAGAAGGGGCCUAAUGGGCAAGAGUAUGAGUACGAGUACGUGUACUACUACUAUGACGAUGACGAGGAUACCAAAGAUAACAAGGUGACCAAUUCACACGAUGGUCCUGCAAGAAACCAGAUACCAUCACGCGGUGAACUGAAACCUGCUGCGGAAGCUAACGAAGUUGUACCGAGAGGAACCAAAAGCAGGAGUAGGCAGCUUGGUGAAGAAGACACCAUCACCGAAGAAAGACUACCGGCUAACACAAGAUUCCCACCCAGGAGUCGUAACUUGAAUACCACACCUUUGCCAGAAGAUGAACCAAGAACGACCAGAGGCCGCGGAAGAAGACCAUCUCCAGAUGCCGCUUCCGGUGAAUUGGACAACGUAUCAAAUGAGAGUCAAAGCUCGAGAGGCAGGACACGAGCGAACAUCAAGAGACCCUCCUUGGACUUAGUCGAUAACGACUCAUUCAACACGCAUGGCGCUAGCCAAGGCAAGCCCAAUUUCCCGCAAGAGCUGCCAGAAGGACCGGACGCACCAGAAGCUCCGGUAUACAGAUCCAGAGAGGAAUCUCAACCGUCGGCUUCUCAACCGGAAGUGCCUGAAUCCGACAACACCAUUGCGUCAACGGAAGCCACCACGGCGAUGUCACCGAUGGACAAAGUAGCUCUCGAUCUGUACGCCAUCUCCCAGGGUAAUCAGAAGCUGUUCGGUGAAGGAAACGAUGAUAGAGAAGUCAGCACGGAAGGAGAAGGAAACGCCGCUCAGACCGAACUCACUACUGAAGAAAUUUCAACAGAACCAGAAACCACCCCAACCACCACCACCACCACAACAACCACAACCACUACCACCACUACCACCACGACAACCACCCCUCCGCCGCCCCCAUCGACCGAGGCCGCCCACUUCGGCAGGGGCAAGUUCGGAGGCAGGAGAAGCGGCCUCAACGGCAGGAAGACCACCACCGCCGCCCCGACCACCGAAUCCGCUCCCGCCGAGCCCAAGAAGGGCAAGUUCGGCAGGCCGAGCUUCGGGGGCGGCAGGGCGAGGGCGAGGACAACCCCAGCGCCCUCUGUUGACGAGGAGGUGCACAAGGAGGAGGCGAGACCGGCUAGUAACGCGAGGCCAACAUUGAGCCGUUCACGAUUUGGCGGCCCAAAAACUCGAGGUAGGACAACUCCGGCUGCCGAGGAGAGCAAAGAGGAGACCAGCAGCACGACUUCCGCCCCAUCCCACAAACCAUCCCUACCGAGAUCCCGACCGAAUUUGAGGGGGCGCAGUCGAACGACCGCAGCGCCAUCUACGGAGCAACAAGAAGCUAGCGAGGAGUCGUCAGCAUCAACUGCAGAAGCUAGCACAACUGCUCGAUCUAGAAGGAUCAAUGCUGGUCCAGCUGUGAGACCGUUGCGACCCGGCCCGAGAAUCAAUCUCAACGCGAGAGGCAGAGGAAGCACCACCACCACCACCACCUCGACGACAGAAGCUCCAGCCGAGGAUCACGUGACCGGCGACGAAGAGCCGGAAACGAGCGAACAUGAAGACAGUGAGAAGGAAGAGUCUCCAGCGCCGGUAGACACCUCCCCGCUGGCCCGCCUGCGCAACAAGAACCGCCCCAACGCCCUCCAAUCCCGUCCCAAGGCCGCCGCCAGCGCGCCCGUCCACGUGCGCCGCGUCAACCCGCUGCUGGCGCGCAGGCGCCCGGGUCACGUGACCGAAGCGCCCUCUAGCGAGGCGCCACCGGAACCGUCCACGGAGGAAGCGGAAACGGCAGCCGAGGUGGAGACAGAGGCGGCUCCGAGCAGUUCUACGACGGAGGAGCCGAAGGGGCUCAACAGGUUGUUGGCUGGGAGGCGGCGGUUGGGAGCUAGGACGCCGGGUACUUUGGUCGGGAGGUCGUGAAGGAUGGUAUAGAGACUGAUCGGGUCUGUAGCGCAGAUAGCACCGGACGUUAAUAUUAGGUUACAUUGGAGUCCUUCAAUUAUAAGCAAUGAACUCAAUAUAAACACCUGGAUGGGAUCCUCUGUGAACGACGAGUGAGGUUAACGUCGACGUGGUGCUUACUUCAACUCUCUAUUGAUCUCCUUCUAUCUUAUGUUGGCUAAAGGGAAGCGCUGGCAUUACAUGCAAUAUUUUCUUGUUUUUAUUAAAGAGUAUAGGUGUUUAAAUAUAAAUAUUCAUUUAGGAAAAAUGAUAAUGUUGCAAUCGAUUAUUAUUUGAGAAUAAUUAUUGAUUUUUUUAUUGACUCAAAAGUGAAAUUCCAUUUUAAUUCUUACACAAUUCGGAAGGCAAAUGAAUACAAAAUUGAAAUUAUAUAUACUCAUUCAAAUGUCACAAAAUAUUGUACAGGGUGAGCGAAGCUCAAUGUCUCAGCACUAUCAGAAGAAAUAGAAAAACGAUAGAAACAAUUUAAAAAUAUGUUCUUCAAUGGUAUCGAGUACCUAUAAGGUCUAUUUUAAGCCUAAUCUUUAAGAGUACCUAUUUUUCCAUAAACAUUUCACUAUUAGAAGGUGAAUGAAAAGUGAAUAAAAGGACAAUGUUAGUAUGCAUUUUUUCAUUAAAGAUGAAUAUCUGCAUCGCUCAAAAUGAACACCUUCAUUUUUUCCUUUCUGGAGAAGGAGAAGCUCCAAAGGCAAACCUGAAAAGACAAUUUGAUAAUAUAUGAUGUAACUCUGAGUUUAAAAAUUUGAACUUCGUUUUUAACUUCAAAAUGUUUUUUUAGUACUCAUCAAGAUUGUCAUUUUUCUUUUUACUUUUUGUUUCAGUGUGUUCACUUUUCUUUGCAAUGGAAUAUGCCUUCUCGAAUGAAACAGUUUGUGGGUUCCAUUAUCAAUAAACUUUUGGAACUUAAUUGGGAGCUAGAAGUUGUAAUCAAAUCAAUGUCCAUAUGAAACACAUUCUCCUUAGAAUCCAAGUUAUGAACAUCCACAGACACAUCCUGAUAAUAAAUUACUAUGUAUUUUUAAAAAUCUAAACAAUUUUCAACUUUCCCAUGGAGGACAAUUUUUGUUUGUCUUGCUUCUUUUGCAUCCAAAGGCAACACAAUAUUGAUAACCAUUGUUUAUUAGUUCGAAAUCACAAAUCUUUUCAACAAUAAUCAAUUCACAUCAACAAAUUCAGUCCUUUUGAAGAAACAAAACGCAAAAUUUAGCGAUAUUUCAUAUAAUAAAAAACAAUGAAGUUCUCUCCUCACUUUUUUGCCUGUACACCAAUCAUUGGAUAAGAAAAAAUUGAUACACCAAUCCGCCAUUAAACAAAACGAGUGUGAAAGACACAUUUUACCGUAACACAAGCUAUCUUUGUUGCAGCUGCCUCUGACACACUCUGUGCUAUUUAAGAAACCAGCAGUCUCUUUUCCAGGUGUUUAUAUUGAGUUCAUUGAUAAUAAGUGACGAUACUUGAUUCCGGUACCCCUGUCAGCGUUGCCAACACAAAAUUACCAAGUCUACGGGGCCGGUUGUUCAAUCCAUAGUAAAACCCGAAGAUUGAUCAAACUUAAUCAAGAUUUGAUAGUUUGUCUGGCAGAUGUUAUGGAAAUAGAUAUUUACGUAGCCAGUAAGGAAACGAGUCAUUAUGUGUAACGAAUCCGCAGAACUCAGGGUUACACAAAAUGGGUUUUCUAACGUAUACGUACCAUAUUUUUUCCAAUUUUUAUGAAACAUUUUGUUCUGACAGAAAUAAUAUCCAGUUCUUCAUGAGUUCUGCCAUGGUAGUUCUACCGAUUAUGUACAAAAUUUAGUGAGCAAGUUGACUUCGUCCGUCACUUUGAAAUAAAUAAAUAAUAUGGCCAAAAAUCAGCAACGAUAUUCACUGAAUGGACUCGUUUGAUAUCUUCAUUAGAGGAAAAUGACUAGAUCGAACGUUGACAUUAGUCGGUGAUUUAACCUGAAAAAUGAGAUAGUUCUAGACAUGAAAAUUUGUUCUGGUAACAUUGAUAGGGGCACUGGACUCAAGUUUUAAUGUCAUCUCAGUUCGAUAGACUGAUAAAUAUAUUUUAUCUACAACUAUUGAAUUAUAAAUUCAUUGCUUGCUCGAUUUUCAACAACUUAUGACAGUCAUUAAUUGAAUAAUGAUAAUAGUACCUACUUAGUAUUGUGACAUCUCAUCGACUUGUCAAAUACGAAUACAUAUUGAUCAUUCCAGAAUUACGUCAUUUGACAGGUUGCUGAGGGGCAAACAUUGUAUUUUGUCAAAAUUUGUCAUAUAAAACCAGAAUUAGUGGGAUCGUUUUCCUUGGAAUCCGAGUUGGAACCAGAAAGAAUUUCAUAAUUUUGUUUGGUGGAACUGUUAUUAUAUUGUGGAUGUGGCAGGGACAGCCAGAGCAAUGCUCAUCAAAGGUAAACUAACAGAUAGUUUGUGUGCCCCUCAAGAAACCAUGUCAAAAUCACGUGUUCUAGAAUGAUCAAUACAUAUUUCUUUUACUGAAUCACAGGUAGGUACAACCGUUUGUGAAAUGAACGCAAAUAUAUUGAAAUCUUCUUAAAUUUUCUAUUGCAUUGACCGUUUCCCAUAUUGAUGGAAAUCCAUAGUAAAUGUAAAAAACUUCUGUUUCAAUCGCUUUCUUACAAAAAAUAAUUCAAUACUUUUAAUUCUCAGCAAAUGAACUGUCAAAUGUUAAUUCAUUCGGGUAACACCGAAAAGGAAUAUUUUCAAUAGGUAUAUGUGUGAAUUUUCGUCAUAAAAUAAUUUGUUUAAGAAUGAACCAGGCUAUGUGCCAAUGUUUUUCCCAUGAUUAUCCUCUACUUUUGUAAUUUAUUGAAAUUCCGACAUCUUACUUUGGUAUUGUAAAUAAUAGGGUAGUAAAAUGUUUCAAUUUUUCUUGGAUUGUUUCAAUAAACACCACCCCUGCAGGUGCCAGAUUUUUUAAAACCGUUUAUUUGAAACAAUAUGAAUACAUCAAUUUUUUUAUCAAAAAAUAUCACUACAGAGGUAACAAAUUGGAUAUAAAAUUUAUGACAACUUUC